AUGUGCAAAGUUCCCUCUUUGGUAGUGUCUUCAGUUGUGAGUUCAUCAAACUUUUGUCCUUUGAUUGCUCGAUUUACUUACCAUCCUAGACAUCCUGCCGUGUUCUGGCUGCACCUGAAUAAGGGUCGCUACUUUUCUACGCGUUCCAAGAGCGCAUUGACAAUUAUCAAUGUUGGGGUGCUAGCUAUUGGAUUCACCAUCUGUGGUCUGGGACUAUACGUCUCUGGAAGAUCAAUCAACGAGAGCACGACCAAUCACAGUUGGUCAUGCGCUGAAAACUCUAAAUUCUAG